AUGUCUUGUUCCCUGGACGUUUCCACAGGAUUCCUUUGGAGCACCUUGAGGAUGAGCAUCAGGACCCCACCCACACUCCUGCAGCUGGCAGCAGAGAGCCUGCUGAGGGACCAGGCCUCGGCCAUCGCAGCUCUGGAGUACCUGCCCGCCGAGCUCUUCCCGCAGCUGUUCAUCCAGGCCUACCGUGGUAGAUGUCUCCAGGUCCUGAAGGCGAUCACACAAGCCUGGCCCUUCACUGUCCUCCCUCUGGGCUGUCUGCCAGACCUGUCACUGGACGUGGUCUUUAAAGCCCUGUUGGAUGGGCUUGACGUUGUGCUUGCCCAGGAGGUUCGCCCCAGGAGGUGCAAACUGCGGGUGCUGGAUUUAAGGUACAUGGCUCCCAACUUCUGGAAAAUAUGGUGUGGAGACAGCACCCAGAAGUACUCACCGAUUUUUCCAGUGACUGAGCACAGGUCCAGCCCCAACAUGGAGCAUCCCUUAGCUCCCGUGGAGGUGUUCCUAGACCUUAACUUCAAUGCAAGCAACAGGGAAGAGUUUCUCAUGUACGUCAUCCAAUGGGCCCAGCAGAGGGAAGGGCUGGUACACCUGUGCUGCAAGACGCUGAGGAUUGCUGCGGUGCCCUUCUACAGGGUGAGGAAGGUCCUGGAUGCGGUGCAGCUGGACUGCAUCCAGCAGGUGGACCUGAACUGCACCUGGGACCUGACCACCCUGGGGACGUUUGCUCGUUAUAUGGGGCAGAUGAGGAACCUGCAGAAACUCUUUCUCUUCCACAUCCAAGUGCUGGGUGAAGAGGAGGAGGAUGAGGAAUACGAGGAAGAUGAGGAAGAGGAGCUGGAUUGGGAAGAGGAAGAGGAACUGGAUUGGGAGGAUGAUGAACUGGAAUUGGAGGAUGAUGAUGAGCAGGAUUUGGAAGAUGAUGAACUGGAAUUGGAGGAUGAUGAUGAGCAGGAUUUGGAGGAGGAAGAGGAAUUGGAUUGGGAAGAGGAGUGGGCGAGGGAGGAGCAAGAGGAACAGAUAUCCUUUUUCCAGUUUUUCUCUCAGAUGCUCAGCCCACUGCACCUCUGCGAGCUGGUCCUGGAUUCCCCCUCCUUCCUCCGAGGCCGUCUGCACCAGAUGCUCAGGUGCCUGCAGUCCCCCUUGGAAAAACUCCUCAUUAAUCGCUGCCGGCGCCUGACCCAUUCAGACCUGACGCACCUGUUCCAGUGCCCGCACCUCAGGCAGCUGAAGUCCCUGCGUCUGUGUUGUGCCAGCCUCGCCGGUUUUAGUCCUGAGCCCCUCCGAGCUCUGCUGGAGGCAUUGGCACCCACCCUCCAGGUACUGCACCUCGAGAACUGUGCCAUGGUGGACUCUCAAGUUGAGGCCAUCCUGCCUAUCCUGAGCCGCUGUCACCAGCUGAGAGAGUUCACCGUCACUGAGAACCGCCUCUCAGUGGCCACCGUGGAGAAGCUGCUGCGCCACACAGCCGGGCUGCGCAGCUUAGAAUAUGAGUAUUACCCGGUCCCCCGGGAGUGUUACACGACGCUGGGCACUGUCCACUGGGACAGAUUCGCCCUGGUCCGGGCUGAGCUGAAGGGGAUUCUGAGGGAGUUAGGACAGCCCAGGACCAUCAAGCUUGCCACCGACAGGGGCUACAUCGAGUUUUAUGAAGUUGCAUUUUCAUGA